UCCGUGACUAGCCGCAGUGGAGUGUACGCUUCCUUGCAAAGAAGCUGCUGUUUUAUUGUCGUUCCAAAGAGAAUUUCUGCAUAUUUGACUGACUGUUGGCGGGAUGAUCGAUUUCCGCGCCUGGGCUGAGUAUGUGGUGGAGUGGGCCGCCAAAGACCCAUACGGCUUCCUCACAACAGUCAUCCUUGCCCUCACACCGCUCUUCAUCGCCAGUGCCCUGUUGUCGUGGAAACUGGCCAAGAUGAUCGAGGCGCGCGACAAGGAGCAGAAGAAGAAGCAGAAACGACAGGAGAACAUUGCAAAAGCCAAAAGAGCCAAGAGAGACUGAGAUGGAGAGGCUGAGGAUUCUACAGACGCACUAGAGUCCUCCCUCCUCAUCAGAGACACAGGGAGCCUGUAGGGGGCCUCGGCUAGCACAGAGACAGAGCUGCCCACAGGAAGUUUGCCCCAUUGGGAAGGUCAGAAUGGAUGUGCGGUCAGCUUUGAUGAACCACGGUCCAGAUGUUGUGACACAUAGCAUUCCAUUGUUGGCACUGCUGUUAAUGUAAUCCAAUUAUCGUUUUGUAAGUUAAGAAUAACGCCAUGUCCAAAACAACUUUUAAUCAAUAAAACAUAUUUUCUUCUUAUAAA